UUGAAGUUGCUGUCUCGGCCCUCCUUAUCCUUAUCUCGCCCACCGUUCUAAAACCCUUCCCUUCCUCUCCUUCCACUUCUUCUAUCUCUCACAAUUCAGCAAUGGCUUCUUCUAUAGUUACCUCUAGCUUGAAGCCUUUAGCCAUGGCGGAUUCUUCCUCUUCUACCAUUUUCUCCCACCCUUCCAUCUCCUCUACCAUCUCUUCCUCCAGAAUUCGCUGCUCUAAUGUUUCACUCCUCACGGGACACAUUAACCUGCCCCUCUCUUUCUCUCGCUUCUCUCGCUUCUCUCUAUCUCUCAAAUCCAAAACCCACCUUAAAAAAUCCCCCUUUGUCUCCUUCGUUGCUCAGACUUCGGAUUGGGCUGAAGAAGGUGGGGAAGGAAGCGUCGCCGUUGAGGAGAACGAGGACAGUUUCGAGUCACAAGAUGCUGAAGGAGAUGUGAGCGAAGGAGCUGAGUUCCCGGAGCCAUCGGAAGAAGCCAAGCUUUUCGUCGGAAAUUUGGCGUAUGAUGUUGAUAGCCAAGCAUUGGCUAUGCUCUUUGAGCAAGCCGGUACUGUUGAAAUCGCCGAGGUUAUAUACAAUAGGGAAACUGACCAGAGUCGUGGGUUUGGAUUUGUGACAAUGAGUACCGUGGAAGAAGCUGAGACAGCUGUCGAGAAGUUCAACCGUUAUGAUCUGAACGGACGUCUUCUGACGGUAAACAAGGCAGCUCCAAGAGGAUCACGUCCAGAACGUGCACCUCGGGUAUAUGAACCUGCAUUCAGAGUCUAUGUAGGGAAUCUACCAUGGGAUGUGGACAAUGGCCGUCUAGAACAGGUUUUCAGCGAGCAUGGUAAAGUUGUGGAAGCUAGGGUGGUUUACGACCGUGAGACAGGUCGUUCACGUGGAUUCGGGUUCGUCACAAUGUCUAACGAGAAUGAACUCAACGACGCCAUCGCUGCUCUUGAUGGACAGAACAUGGAGGGUAGAGCAAUCAGAGUGAAUGUAGCGGAGGAGCGCCCAAGGCGUGGAUUUUAAAGCUGAGAUUUCUCUGUGCCCUCUCUCCCCCUCUCUUGCAUUUUGUUUAGACGAGAUUCUUACACUCUUCAACGAUUGUUUUUGGCUGAACUCUGAAUGUGAAAGUUAAGCUUCUUCUAAAGUAAUAUGUAUCGCUUCGCUUUUGAUGAUC